GUCCACUACUGUGCAAGCUCUGUGCUGGGUUAUUGCCCUGUCGUCGUAUUUACUUUCCAGAUAUUACGGCAGUUGGGUGCCGAGAAUACAGUUUACAAUGUUGUCAGUUGUAACGAGACACUUUAUGCGACAAUCGGCCAACAUCAGCCCCAUUAUGAAGGCUGCUGAGAAGACAGCCGCGAUGCUUGGCAGACGGCAAGCCCAACCAGGAAGAAUGUUUGCUCAACAGAACUCCCUAGCUAAUCUGCCUGUACCUCCCCUACAACAAACCCUCUACAAAUAUCUGCUGGCCCUCAAACCGAUUCUUAGUACUGAAGAUUAUGAGGCAACACAAGCGAUUGUAUCAGAAUUUGGAAAACCGGGCGGCUACGGAGAAAAACUACAAAUGGGACUCAUCUUAAGAUCACAGAAGAUGGAGAACUGGCUCUCAGAUUGGUGGUUGGAUAAAGCCUACUUGGAAUUCCGGUCUCCAGUCGUCAUGCACGUUAGUCCUGGUGUGGUAUUCCCUCGUGAGAACUACAGAGGUGUAGAGGGUCAGCUGGACUUUGCAUCUAGGCUCAUUGCAGGUGUAGUUGAUUUCAAACAACUCAUUGACAGUAACUCGUUACCAGUGGACUACAUGUCUGGGCAGCCGUUGUGUAUGGACCAAUACUACAAGAUCCUAUCAUCUUGCCGUGUCCCUGGUGUGAAGAAAGACUCAGUGGUGUUAUACCCACCCAAUAAACCUGACGCACCUCGGCAUAUCAUAGUUGCUUACAACAAUCAUCUGUUCUCAUUGGAUGUUUAUGAUUCCAACCGGAAACCUCUACCACUCACAGAGCUCCACUCACAGCUCAAGAGGAUUGUGGCUGAGUCACCAUUCCCUGCUAUACCACUCAAUAUUCUAACUUCCGAACAUCGUAAUGUUUGGGGAAAGAUCUACAAAAAGAUGUCUAAAGACAAGAUCAACCGAGCUUCCUUUGAGGAGAUCAAGCGAAGCAUCUUUAUGGUCUGUUUGGAUAAACCGGUGUAUUCAGAAGAAACAGAUCACAUUGAGAACUUUGCUCACCACUGUGCUAAGCAGGCCCUGUAUGGAGGUGGCAGUACGGCCAAUAGCUGCAAUAGGUGGUUUGACAAGACACUACAGUUUAUCGUCGGUGCUGAUGGCGACAUUGGUCUUCAAUAUGAACACUGCACCGCUGAAGGACCACCCAUAACAGCCCUGAUUGAUCAUAGUCUACACUAUGCCCACAAUACUCCACUGGAUUCGAGGCAAACAUUGUCCAUUGAGAGAUCAGCGCCCAAGAGACUAGAGUUCAACUUAGAUAGAGCUACGUUAGAAGUCAUUGAUGAUGCUAAAUGUAACAUUGACAGCCUUGGUAACGAUGUCCAGAUAUGCUGUUUUUCCUUUGAGCCGUUUGGCAAGGACCUUCCCAAAUCUCAGAGGAUCAGCCCUGAUGCCUUCAUACAGCUCGCAAUUCAACUUGCUUUCUUUAAGAUUUAUGGUCAUUCUACUGCAACAUAUGAAAGUGCAUCUUUAAGGAAAUAUAAGUUUGGUCGGACAGACACCAUCAGGUCUGCUACUAUUGAGUCGGAUAGCUUUGUCAGGAUCAUGAUGGAUCAAACAAAAAAGCCAAGUGAAAAAGCGCAUCAGAUGAGGAAAGCCAUUCAAGCACAUAGAGAAAACACAAAUGCUGCGAUUAAUGGCGAUGCUAUUGAUAGGCAUCUGUUGGGGUUGAAGCUGGUUGCGAUUGAGCAGGGCACUAAUGUGCCAGAUAUUUUCAUGGAUACAUCUUAUCAGACGAGUGUGCACUUCCGUCUUUCAACAAGUCAGGUACCUGCUAAGCAUGAUGUGACGAUGCUUUUUGGCCCAGUUGUCCCAGACGGCUACGGUAUCUGCUACAAUCCACAAGAAGAUCACAUUAACUUCGGUGUGACGGCAUUUAACACGGCCCGUGAGACGGACUCGCAGAAAUUUGGACAAAAGCUGGCAGAGAGUCUCCUGGACAUGCAGUAUGUCUUAAGCAAAGUCCCACCGCAGGCUAAACUAUGAGUAGAGCUGAAUUCAUCAUUUGUAUCAUAUUAAAAAUAUUGCAUGUGCCUCUGCAGAGAGUUGAGGUCAUUUGAACAACUGUCAUGAAUGUCAUGAUAAAAACCCAGUUUAGUCACUAUGGCUAUCGCUAUGGCUAUGACUGUUGCUAAGGAUGUUGCUAUGGUUGUCCUAUCAUUGCUAUGGCUAUGACAGUUGCUCUGAUGGUUCUAUUAAUUGCUAUGGCUAUGACUGUUGCUAAGGGUGUGCAAUGGUGGUCCUAAUAGGUUUUCUAGAUGUGGUGUUUUUCAAAUUGUAUAUAUUCCCUCAAGAAAAUUAUGAGUGUAAAAUAACAUCAAGUUUGUUGAAAUUAUUCUACAAUACUACAAAAACAAUUAUUGCUUUAUUGGGAUCUUAACCCAGCUCCUUACAAAACCAAAGCAGUUUAUGAACUCUGGUGUACAAUGCCCAAGGUCCAGCCCAAUGUGCUUGUAAUGUGGAUUGUAUUAUUACUCGGAAUGGGGAAAGCUUAGACCUUAAAAGUGUAUACAAUGUCUACUUUUAUUAGUUUAACAAUGAUUUGAUGUCUUUAAUGUAUUUAUGUUGAGAAAUACUUGCCUUACAGGCUUAAGUCCAGCAUUUUGAGAAUUUUGACGAAAAGCUCAUUAGGCUAUAGCCUUGUGAACUUUUCAAAUUUUGACAAA